AUGCAGGAGAAAAGUAUGCCAGCCAGUAAUACAGGGAUAAUGAGAGCCACUCACUUGCUGCAGUUACCGCAAGAAAUGCUGACUGAGAUAAUCAUGUACCUUCCUCCUGCGGAAAAAUCCAAAGUCCGUGCCACGUGCAGUCUCUUCAAGGAUCUGGUUGAUCAGCCUGUUGUGUGGCAAAAGAGUACCAUUGUCCUCCGACGCAUAAGCGCUUUCAAUGCCGAGUUCUGGGACGUGCUUCGGAAAAGAAAGAUCACUUCUGUAGAAGUGAAAGAAAUUGGGCUUAAGCAAUGGCAAAAGCUGCUGAGAUUGAUGCCUGGUCUGCUAGAUGUAACUGUGGAUUCCCUCUGGAGCGAGGAAAUCCUGCAAGGGUUACAGCUGCUCACAGAUCUACAGAAACUUCACUUGAAAACGUGCUCUAAGUUAUCUGAGAGAAGUGUAAUCAGGGAAGUUGUGCACUUUCAACACCUUACCCACUUGUUGUUGUGCGGCAUAACCUUAAGUGGCAGUGAAUUGAUCAGAAUUGCUUGCUUACAAAACCUACAUACGCUCUCAUUGCAUACUGUGCAAAAGGCGCUUCCUGAGAAAGCACUAGAGUAUGUUUUAUUCCAUUUACCAAAACUCAGAGAACUGUCACUUUCUUAUAUCCUAAGUAAGGAGCAUUUUUUGUUAUGCCUCAGUUUGCCAGAUAGACAUCCCAUCCCUUAUUCAUCAGAAGAGCGUUUCCUAGAUCAGCUCUCCACCAUCCACACUCUGACUGUUUGUUACAUCAAGGACUUUUUGUUACACUCAGUGGAUGCCUUUGGACAAGUGCUGAAGAACCUACCAAACUUGACAGAAUUAAAUCUUCUAUAUUGUAAGCUGUUUGGGCAGGGACAACAAAGUUUACUUAAAAAAAAACAAAAAAAACCCCUGAUACAUACUUUGAAAAAUAUUGUCAAGAAAAGAGUCAUAAAUGUCAUAUUUUGUCCUCUGUCUGCUUUUAAAGGGAUCUCCAAUUUGGAUAUGUUUGUUGAUAACAUUCCUUCCAGCCUUGUUAAACUAAGUGUGAUUGGAACCAAGCUCUCAAACUCUGCUCUCAGCUGUUUGUCUGACAAAUCCUGGAAGCUAAGAGAAAUGGAUCUAACCCUCUCAUAUGGAUUUGAUGAAAAGAUUCUGAAACAAUUUCCCCACCUCUUUCCACUGCUGACUAGACUCUGCCUUAGUGGUUUUGUUUUGACUGACAAUAUCUUGUUGAGCUUGGCUAAAAUGGAGAGUUUGCGAGAACUUGAUGUUACUGGUGGCACAAAUCUGGCAAAAGAAGCAAUCCAGAAUUUUCGCAUCACAACGGACUGCAGGGUACAUCUCCUUGUAGAGCGGCAUUCAGUGUCUUCUAAAUGUGACUGCUUAUGGAGCACGUAG